CGGACAUGACCGGCCCGCGCGCCGGCUUCUACCGGCAGGAGCUGAACAAGACAGUGUGGGAGGUGCCGCAGCGGCUGCAGGAGCUGCGCCCGGUGGGCUCGGGCGCCUACGGCUCCGUCUGCUCGGCCUACGAUGCACGGCUUCGUCAGAAGGUGGCGGUGAAGAAGCUGUCGCGCCCCUUCCAGUCGCUGAUCCACGCGCGGAGGACGUACCGGGAGCUGCGGCUGCUCAAGCACCUGAAGCAUGAGAAUGUCAUCGGGCUGCUGGACGUCUUUACCCCGGCCACCUCCAUCGAUGGCUUCAGCGAAGUGUACCUGGUGACCACCCUGAUGGGUGCCGACCUAAACAACAUUGUCAAGUGCCAGGUGCUGAGCGACGAGCAUGUUCAAUUCCUCGUGUACCAGCUGCUGCGCGGGCUGAAGUACAUCCACUCGGCCGGGAUCAUCCACCGGGACCUGAAGCCCAGCAACGUGGCAGUGAACGAGGACUGCGAGCUCAGGAUCCUGGACUUCGGGCUGGCGCGCCAGGCGGACGAGGAGAUGACGGGCUAUGUGGCCACACGCUGGUACCGCGCCCCCGAGAUCAUGCUCAAUUGGAUGCACUACAACCAGACAGUGGACAUCUGGUCUGUGGGUUGCAUCAUGGCUGAGCUACUCCAAGGAAAGGCCCUCUUUCCGGGAAAUGACUACAUUGACCAGCUGAAACGCAUCAUGGAGGUGGUGGGCACACCCAGCCCGGAGGUUCUGGCAAAGAUCUCCUCGGAACACGCCCGGACAUACAUCCAGUCCCUGCCCCCCAUGCCGCAGAAGGACCUCAGGAGCAUCUUCCAUGGAGCCAACCCCCUAGCCGUGGACCUCCUGGGAAGGAUGCUGGUGCUGGACAGUGACCAGAGAAUCAGUGCAGCUGAGGCCCUGGCCCAUGCUUACUUCAGCCAGUACCACGACCCUGACGAUGAGCCCGAGGCUGAGCCCUAUGACGAGAGCACUGAGGCAAAGGAACGCACUGUGGAGGAGUGGAAGGAACUCACCUACCAGGAAGUCCUCAGCUUCAAGCCCCCAGAGACGCCGCAGCCUCCUGGCAGCCUGGGCAUUGAGCAGUGAGCCCCGCUGGAACUCAAGGAGGGGCCUGAGCUGCCUGCCCCAGUUCCCGGCAGUGCCUGCCUGGUUCCCACGAGGAUCGCCUCCCGCCACUGGAUCCCUGGCCUGGGACCCCUGGUCUGCAUGCCAGUCCUUGUGGGUGUCUAUGCACACAUACGGAUGCAUGAAUGUGUACACGUGUGCAAGCCAUGGGCGUAGGAGUCUGGACAGAGUGUCCGGGACUUCCUCAGCCCUUCCACCACCUCCCAACAACCAGGGACUCCCUUGGGACCUUGCUGUGAGGACCUGGAUGCCUAGGGGGCUCCCAGGGGAGUGUGUCUGGCUCCAGAUCUCGGUCCCAGUGAGCUGUCUCUGGGGAGUGGUGCAGCGGGGCCCCCUGGAGGCUCAAAGGGAGGGGUCUUAGUGGUCUAAGUUGCUCAGCCUGGAAGUGGAAGACUACCCUGAGAAAUGCUAAGACCCAAAGGCCUGAGAGCUGGACAGGGCCUUCCCUGGGGAGUAGCAGGGUGGAGACAGCCACCAAGUGUCAAGUCAGACUAUGCCUGGAGCCAUGUGUCUCCCUGUGUUGUGUGGCACAUGUGCCCUGAUGUGUGUUCCUGGUGUUUCCACGUGAAAGCGUGUGUGAAGCUGUGGGCACCCAAAGCCAGUGGCUGUGACCAGCAGGAGGCCCAAGGUGGGGUGCUAUACUUGCCUCUCUUCCCUCCUCCAGUGUCUGGUGGGGGUUGCUGAGAUCCUGCUGUGCACCGUGUGAGGGGCUCAGGUGGGGAAGGGACAACCACAGGAGCAAACGCCAGGGUGUUCUCCUUGGGCACAGGGCCUGCCGAGGAGCUGGCAAGCAUGCAGUUGGGGGAUGCUGAGGGGUCUGGCACACAUUGAGGUAGACUUGGACGUGGACCCUGGACCUUGGCUGAGAGCUGAUGAAGCCUCGGCCUGCUCUCUGGCCUUGUGGCUGAGGGCUGGGUGCCCCGGUCUGUGGGCUGACCCUGGUCCUCCCUCCUUCCAGAGUGGAGCUAACCUAGUAACCUCUGGAACAGGACCCUGCUCCAGAUGUGUUAGAGGUGUGUCUUCUCUGUCCACUGGUGGU